AUGGAAAUAGAUUUUGAGGGAAUUAUUGAAAAGGGUGAAGCUGGAAUAGUUAAGGAGGAUGUGAUUGAGAAAAAAGAAGAUGGAAGUGAAAAUGAAGAGAGUAGAAAUCAAGGAAUGUUUUCAAAGUUCAAGAAAAUGCUAGCUACUCUCCAGAUAAGUAUUUCGUUCCAUGAAAUUUUUGAACUAAUGCCUAAGUUUGCUAAAAUUAUGAAGGCAUUACUAAAGGGGACGAAAGAGAAAGUGGUCAAGGAACAUAUUUUGCAUGCUCUAUGUGAUCUUGGAUCUAGCAUAAAUGUCAUACCACUGAAAAAGGUUAAAGAAUUGAAAGUGGGUGAGAUCACACCGAGUAACAUGACUCUCACUCUAGCUGACUCAUCUGUUACUCAACCAAUUGGUAUCUUAAGAGACGUGUUAGUACAUGUCAACAUAUUAGUGUUUCCUGUAGAUUUUGCAGUGCUUGAUACAAAAGGAGAUUCAGGAGGAUUUGUUAUUCUCGGAUGA